GGGACAAGGAGCGGCGGCCACCCCGGGGCCGGCAGGGGGAGGUCGCCGCCGCCGGGCCCCUGUGGAGGCGUGGGCAGGAGGGAAGCCGGGCAUCGCCCUGCCCCUAACUCACUCGCUCGAGCUGGCGGCUUCCCCUCAGAAACCCACCCGGGUCGCCCCCUGCCCGCCCGGCUUCCCCGGGCAAAGUUUCUCGGAGGUGGCGGCGCCGCACCUGCCCCUGCCAAAGAAGCCCCAGCCCCGGCGGCGGAGGAGGCGAGGGGUGGCACCGCCGGCAGGCGAAUAAAUAAAGUUGCGGGUUUGGGGAGGGGACGAGCACCCUGGGGAGCCUUCGGCGGGGCUGUCAGCGGCUCGCCCCGGGGCUCGUUCUCCCCCCCACCCCCGCCCCGUGCACGCCCGGUCCCUCCCCGGGAAGAGGCGCUGCCCACCCGAGGAGGCGCCCGGCGCCGGUGCCCCGCUGCCGCUGCUCACUCGCACACAGCCACAGCCGGGCGUGCACUUCUCGGCGCCCCCGCUAAGUCAGCCCUGGUGUUUUCAGGUUGCUCAGACCUGAAACCUAAGGGAAAAAAAAAAAAAAAAAAAGAAUUAAAGGCAAAAAGCUCAGCCGCUCAGCUUUUGCGUCGCUGCUCCCGCCGCCGGGGGUGGGAGCGGUGAAGAGGAGAGAGGUGGUUUUCUAUUUUUUUUUUUUUAUUUAUUUUUUUUAACCUCCCUCGAUUUCAAUGGAUGUGAACUUGGAGUCUUUGGACCUCGGAGGUUUUGGAAUAUCUACCCGCUGAUCCUUUUUGUUGUGGCACAGCAGCUCGUUUGGGGAAACCAUCCGAAGACAGCAAGAUGUUUCUCGCUCUCUUGUACUUCGCUUUGCCCUUAGUGGAUGUACUUCUGUCCGCAGAAGUGAGCGGGCUGGCUGGAGGGGACCGCCUGGACUGCGUGAAAGCCAGCGAUCAAUGUCUGAAGGAGCAGAGCUGUAGUACUAAAUACAGGACACUGAGGCAGUGUGUAGCUGGCAAAGAGAGCAACUUCAGCCGGGCGACAGGCCUGGAGGCGAAGGACGAAUGCAGAAGCGCCAUGGAGGCUCUCAAGCAGAAAUCUCUGUACAACUGCCGCUGUAAGAGGGGCAUGAAGAAGGAGAAAAACUGCCUGCGCAUUUACUGGAGCAUGUACCAGAGCUUACAGGGAAAUGACUUGCUUGAAGAUUCCCCCUAUGAACCAGUUAACAGCAGACUAUCAGACAUAUUCAGGCUAGCACCAAUUGUAUCAGUGGAGCCAGUACUUUCAAAGGGGAACAAUUGCUUGGAUGCAGCAAAAGCUUGUAACCUAAAUGAUACCUGCAAGAGGUUCAGAUCUGCUUACAUAACCCCCUGCACCAGCAGCACGUCUAAUGAAAUCUGUAACAAGCGGAAGUGUCAUAAGGCCCUCCGGCUAUUUUUUGACAAAGUUCCCCCAAAGCACAGCUACGGGAUGCUCUUCUGCUCCUGUCGAGACGUAGCCUGUACAGAGAGGAGACGGCAGACUAUUGUUCCUGUGUGUUCAUAUGAGGACAGGGAGAAACCAAACUGCCUGAAUUUACAAGAAUCCUGCAAGAAGAAUUACAUCUGCAGAUCUCGCCUUGCAGAUUUUUUCACAAACUGCCAGCCUGAGUCACGGUCUGUUAGUAGCUGUCUGAAGGAGAACUAUGCUGACUGCCUCCUCGCUUACUCGGGGCUUAUUGGCACAGUGAUGACACCAAACUACAUAGACUCUAGUAGUCUCAGCGUUGCCCCAUGGUGUGACUGCAGCAACAGCGGUAAUGAUAGAGAUGAAUGCCAGAAAUUUCUGAAUUUCUUCCAGGACAACACAUGCCUUAAAAAUGCAAUUCAGGCCUUCGGCAAUGGUACUGAUGUGAAUGUGUGGCAGCCAAUCUUACCAGUACAGACCACCACAGCCACAACUACGACAGCUUCCAGACUUAAAAACACAGGUUCAGAGACCACCAACAAUGAAAUACCGGCUCACAAUGAUUCACCAGCAUGUGCAAACCUGCAGGCACAGAAGAAGCGGAAAUCCAAUGAAUCCGUAGAUACAGAGCUCUGUCUUAAUGAGAAUGCUAUUGGGAAAGACAACACAGCAGGAGUCUCCACCAGUCACAUAUCUUCAGAGAAUUCAUUUGCUCUUCCUACAAGCUUCUACGCAAGCACACCUCUCAUUCUGAUGACAAUUGCACUCUCACUCUGUUUGUUCCUAAGCUCAUCAGUCGUCUUGUAGCUGCAUUACAAAAGGACGUGUAAAAAAAAAAAAAAAAUCUGUUUCCUGUCCUCUGUUGUUUAUCUGGAAUUCCAGGUCUGGGGGCUAAGCUGAGGCACUCCUGCUAGAACAGUUUCAGUCAGCUGGAAAUUUUUUUUUCUCUCUAAAAAAGCUUCUUGUGAUAUUUAGAGGCUUUGUGAAAUACUUGGUGCAGUGCUACAUUCCAAACCCAAAAGGCUUUUGGGCAUGCAGUGUUUUAAAGAGACAGUGUGUAAAUUUGCCUGUAAAGCAAGCUGGUUGGAUUAUUUUAAUAAUUACGUUAAUUCUAGCCUUUACCCAAGAAGGAGGAUGGCAGUUUUUCUUAAGAUCCUAUUUAUCUCAUUGAAUAGUUUUGGUUUUCAAAUUGAUUGAACUUCAGACUAUCAAGGAUGCCAGGCUUUUGUCUAACGGUGAAUGUUCUCCCAGAGAGUGGACUUUAUGAAACUUCCUCAUUUGAUAAAUUGCUACUGAUGUUAAACUCUUUCAGUGUAUUAGCAUUUUCCUCUUUAAAUGUUUAUGUACUGUAAGUGAUUCUGCAUUCCCUGCUGAGAAGCCAUUAUAAUUCACAUACAGGUAUAAUGUAUGUCUUUCAGUUAAAUUCUCAUAAAAAUAGAGUGUGGCAUAGAACUUUCUAACAGUACAUUUAUCUUUUAAUUAUAAUCAUCUAGCCUUAACAAGGGUGAAGAUUCUAUAAAUUAACAAGAAGCAGCCAUUGUGAAAGCUUCAUAAACAUAUAUUUCUUUAAAUUCAUGGAUGAGCAGUAGAAACAAGUUUUGCUACAGGAGUUCAGCUAUACAGCUGCUGGUCUUCUCUGCUUCUGUUGUGAUACUAUAGUCCAGUUAUUAUAUUUUUCUUAAUAAAAAAAGAUACACAAUUUAUUUGCUCUACUAAAACAGCACUAUCUGUUUAUACAUAGCUGAUAGUGUCAGCUCAGAAAGUUACAGGAACUUCAUGCCUUACUUCUCUUAUCACAACAUUGUAGAGGGAAAAGAUGCAGUGGUACGAUAACUGAGUUUCAUCUCUGAGAUGGCUAAAACCAACACGGAAGGAUGGUUGAUCCAAUUACAAGGCAGCAUCAUGCACACUCACCCAUGUGACAGGCUUUUCUCAUCAUAGUAGUUCUUACUGCAGCCCAUGGGAUUGCUGGCAUGAUGAACUGUUUGCAAGACCUAUUCCUUAAACAUUGUAAUGGUUUGGAUGCCAAUAUUGCCGGUAUGCAAGAUUUGAACACUUUGGUUUUCAUUCAGUGACGUUGACAGCCACUGCUGGCUGCUGGUUUUCUGUGGUAUUUAGAAGGGAUUCUUUAAAGCUUUAAGUGUCAUCAAAUAGGCAACAUUUCUCCUUACGGCUGUCCUUAUACCUUACUGUGAUGGCUUGGUGACUGUUACAAGCAGUUAUAUCUAAAUGAUCAACAGUAAUCAGAUUUUGUUUUUCCUGGAAGUAGGAGAUAACGUGACCAAGCAAAGAGUUCAUCAUGUUGAAUUUUCAUAUUUACAUUGAGACUCACACAAUUAUGCACAGGCCUGCUUUGAAAUGUCUGGAUCAGUUAUUUGCAAUACAACUAUAAGGUACAAAUUACUGGUUUAUAAACUGCAAUGAAGUUUGAGAGUAUGCAAAGUACACAUCUUACUAUGAGAUGAUUAAACCUAUUGACAAGUUCAUCUUUUGAGCUUUUUCUUAGCUAAUAAUAAACACUUUCAGAAAUUCUAAAAUUCACUUAUGUACUCUUGAUUAUGGUCACAUAAUAUAGGUUUCAAAGCACUGUGUAUGUGAUAGAAUUCUAGGAUGCCAUGUGCCACUGAACAUAACAAAUUAGACAAUAUUACUUUUUAAUUCUGUGCUGAUAAGAAACUGCAAAUUACUUUCAAAGGCAUCAGAGCUGCUUUUGAAGAAUAUAUAGCAUAUCAUUACCAGCAAAGCCCAUGUGGUUCCUGUUGCUCUUCUUGUGGAAGCUAAUCAAAUUAUUGAAAACUAGUGACAACAGAAAAAAGAUUAUGAGAUUCAUGAUUUUAAAAAAAUAAAUCAAAUUAUUUUAUGUCAAAAGGAACUGAUAGUAUAACCUAUUGAAAUGGUAAUGAGCAUAGUGUUAUAAUUCAAAAGUCUGACAUUAUCCAAUUAAAAUAUUUUCAAAACAAAUUCAUAAACAUUACAAUUAUUAAAUCCAUCUUUGAUCCACAAAGCUUUCUUUAAAAUAUCAUUUGUAUUCAGCACAUUAAACAUUUUAAGCAGUAUCAGGAAUUUUAAUAACCUCCCAGUAUAGUGCAUACCUUUUUGAAGAUUUUAUACAUUUGGUUUGAUUAUGGUGUCUCUAUUACAUUUAAUACAAAUUAUUAGAGCUUUGACACUGUGUGAUCCAGAAUAAAAGCUGUUGAUCACUUGUACUGUAAACAACAACCUAAUUAGCUUCUGAUUACAAAAGAAAUUGCUAGUUAUCUGAUUCAAUGAGGGUUACCUUUGGAAAUGCAAUUAUGGAUAUAGUAGAGGAAGAAAUGCCAUUUUAUACAGCUAGCCAUGUUACCACAAACAACACAGAGCACUCAAGCUUUCUUUCCUGUAUAAAUUAAAAGCAUACUGAAUUCUUAAUUAAAAAAAAUAAAUUGCUUAUUAAACAGGCAAGAGGGAAAAAACCCUAAGAGUCUGACACUUAAUGAGGUUUUACAGGCAUCACCAUGCAAAUAUUGGAAGAUUUUUAGAAAUUGGAUGUGGUGUGGAUGAUGUCAAUUUAGCAUGGUGACCUUGUCAGUGCAGUCAUUUGCUACAGAACUGAAGUAUGCAAAUUGUUUCACUUUUUCCCUUUCUGACGACUAAAAUGCCAUGUGUUUAGUGCUCAGCCGACAAACUGGACGUUACGUAGUAUUUUAACACAUUGAUUUUAUCAAUAUACCAAUAAUAUAGGAACUGUCCAAAUACAGGAUGUACAUACAGAUGACCUACAGUUUAGAUUGUGAAUUUAACCAAUUCAGUUAUGUUUAAAUUAAAUCAUGGGCUACCAUAAACAUUUACAAAUCAUCUUUUUCAUUGAACGUAAUAGAACAGACGUUGUCAUUAGUAUUAUUCCCUAAUAGUGUGUAUACACUGCCAUGUUAAAUAACCUGAUUAUCGUGUCUUAUGUUCCUCCUUAAAAGUAGUACACAGAAAGACAAAAAUAAUUCUGAACUGAAAUAUAUGGCUAAUGUUCUAAGCUAUUUAACAUACGUAUUAAUUCCACAAACUAGUUCAAUGAAAGAGGCAACGAAGAUGAGCCUUUCAGUGGAAAUAAUCAUAAUUAAGGGUGGGGGGACCAGUGCAGACAGUGAUAUCCACCACUGUGCAGUGGUCCUGCACCCGUGUCUGUGUAGUGGUAUGGUGAGGAACAAGGAGCACAGACCUUGUUUCACCAACUUUUCACUCAUUAUCCUCGCUGUCUUCAGGGGAAUGGGGAGAGAGGUGCUGAGCAGUCUGGAGGAACCAUCUAUCCAUUGCCACUGGGGCACUGCCACUUCCUAUUGAACUCUUUCAUUUCUACUUUGUCAUUAGGAAGAAUUGGGAGGAACAGGAAUUCUUAAUUAUUUUAAAGCAUUUGUAACUCUGUCUGGAGACCUAUUUCCAGCCCAUUUUCUUUUAAUGAAGUUGUAUUCCAGUAAGACCCAAACUUUUAAAAAUGAGGCUGUUUUAAUUUGAGGAAUGCUACAGUUUGUUGGUAGUUUGAAAACAUGAAAAUAUACUUGCUAAGCCUAUGUAAUUAGGCUGGAAACAAAGAAAACAGAGAAGGAAUCACCUUGAAAUCUCAAUAUAAUCCUAAUUUUAUUUUUUUUUGGCUUAAUCACGAUGGAAGGGAGAUGGUGAGAAACCAGUGAAGAAGACCAAAACUCAGAAGAGCUCACUGAAGGGACAUAAAAUUGGGUAUGUCAAGUGACAUGAGUGUCUCAUACUUAGCACUGGGAUUUGUUGAAAUAGAAGAGCUGGAUUCUGUUAGGACAAGAAACUCCAUCGGAUCAAGCAGUAAAAGAUGGAAGAAUGAGCAGAUAUUUGUACAGCAAUUAUAACUUUCUUUCAUAAAAUGCGAUUGUUUGUCUUCAACAAUGAUGUGGAUCUACCUCAUUGAAAAAUACACAUUCACUGACAGAACUUCUGCAUUAAAUUUGUUCUGGAUAAAUUCAUCUGAGCUAAAGGGCCCCCCCCAAGGCUGUUUUAUAGCAGUGAGGUUAUUCAGGUUCUACCUGAUGUCCAUGACAUCAAAUAGAAAUAUAGUUGAUUCUGAUGAACUUGGCAGAGAAAUUAAUCCAGUGACUUGUUAAAUAUUUCUCAUCUUUAAAUAUUUGCUUUUUCUUACCAGCUCCAUUCUUCAUAUGACAUUUCAAUUAAUGGCUCUUUCAGCUUCUCCUUUCAGUUUGGAAGGUCAUUUUUUCCAUAUUCUACAGUCAUCCACUUUCUCAUAAAAGAUUUUUUUUUUCCUCGGUGGUUUUGUUUGUUUGUUUGUUUUAUAAUUACAGCCUCCUGUUCUGGGAAAAAACAAACAAACUGUGGUCAGGAAUAUGUCUCUGCUGAACUACCAACAUCUUUUUGGGGGGAGGGAAUUGCAAGUUCCUAUUUUAUCUGUUUAGCGCUAGUUUGACUGGUACAAGCUAAAACAUGAAGUUUCUGUUCCCCAGAUGGAAUUUAAAAUUUAGUUUGAUACUGAAUAAGGCUUAAAAAGUUUUAAAGUUUCACAAUCUCUCAGAAAUAUUUAAAUAUUUUUAAUGUAUUUUCUGCUUGGAAUUUCAGUCAAAUAGAUAGUGUCACAAAAUAGUAUUUUUUUUUUCAAAAAUAAGAAGUUUCCUUGUGAAAUUUAAACGUGUCCAUUUGAAGAUAAAAAAUCAGGGAGGGUGAUGAAUUCCCAUUUUUUAAUUCAAUAUUGUCUCCACUUUCAUAUACCUUUGUUCCAUGUUUUCUUCAUCUGGGUAUGUUUGCCUUCAGGGGAUGGUUAUACUUAAUAGGUAUAUUAGAUGUGGUCAGGUCAAUAAUCAGAAGCUAAAUCCCAUAGCUCCUACUCAGAAGCUGUCUCUUUUAGCAUUCAUAAAAGACGGAGCAAGAAAUUCAAGAUGUAGCCUGCAGAUUAUCUGAAGUUUAAAAGAGCACAGAAUCAAACAAUUUCUCCAUAGCAUUUCUUAUCAAUAUGCACUGUGGUAUUAUAAUUUGGUGCCAUCUAGACUAAUCACUGAAGUUCUCUGAACACAUUUGACCAGAGCAGCUGCAGCUUCUGCUGUUUUACCUUUGCUCUGUCAUACAAAGAGGCAAUUGCUACCUAGAUUACAGCAGCCAAACCUGAUCUCACUUCAGCAAGGGUUGGUUCCUCUAACCCAAUUUUCCCCUGCUCUUAGCAAUUCCAACACAUGCUAAUUCUUUUGCACUUCCUUUUAAUCUCUCAGAAGGAUAAUUUUCUAGAAGUUGUAUAUGUAAGAGCAAUUUUCGUCAAAUUUCUCCUGUUAAAAUACUACAAUUGGCUUUGUUCCUUGUGGACUUCUAUCCUACAAAGCAUCAACUAGCCCUUGUUCAGCACCUUCAGUGCUUAUGAAACUGAACAGCAGUUUGGGGGAAUUGCCUUCCAGUAAAUGAGGCCAUGCUUGUUUUCAGGCUUCCUCAAGCCACUCAUUCCAAGAAUUGAUGGUGUGAGUAAACAAACAUACGUCGUGUUACAUGGUGUUGUGGCAGUGUGCUGCUCCCCAUGUCGGCUGGCUCGUGUCAAGCAGUUCACCAGUGUUGGCACCAAGAUGCAGAGUUCCUCAUGGCUCCUUCUGCUGGACACUGCUUUGACAGUAGGAGAGGAUGUGCAGUUCUAAGUGCAAAAAUAUUAUACCUUAUAUUGAUGUAUUGAUGUGUGAAAUACAUCCCCAGCCCCGCUUCCUCUUCUAAAUCCAUUCGUUAGCUCCAGCUCUUUAGCUGGUCCACACAGAGUAAGAAGUUGAUUUUGACCACUGCAUUUGUCUUUAGGUAGGAAGUUUAAAAGGUACAAAAGCUGAACCUCAUAGAUUUACUGGACCUCAGGGAGACAUAAACUCCUUCCAGCACAGAAGCCAGCAAAUCUGCUGAAACUAUGGCAUAAUUUUCAAAAUAAAAUUAAACAUCAUGGUCCUCUCCUAAGAAUGCUUAUGGAAAAGGAUAUAUAUGAAAUAAGGUAACAUUUAUCAAAAACAGGAGAAAGCCUGAAGAUGCAGAAAUUGCUGGAGCCACUGUUCAUUUUAGGAGAUACUGCAGGGAACACACUGCUGAGAAAUAGAAAUAUAUGUCCUGGUGGGUAGAAGGCAGGUAGACAAAUCAUAGUUUGUGUUUUUGUUGACAUUGUGAUUUGGCCCAUGGAAACUAUUCCCCUUUUAAGAGCUGAAGUGAUUCUCACGGGAGUAUGCUAUCGAAAACACAGCUGAUGGGAGCACAGCAUCGCCUUCCCACACCUCAAGCAGGGUCACUGUUAAUGACUGCAUGCUUUGGGUUAGGACAGGCACGUUAACCCUUGGGUGAAGUUGAUUUGAGAAGGCUGUUUGUAAAGAUUGAUAGAGGUGGAACAGAGCCCCACAGUGGAUUGCGUCUGGCAGUUGGGAGUGCACAACCCAGGCUGAGCUGAGUUUAUCAAGAAAAUAGGAGUAACAAUUGAAGGAAAAUAUGGUCUUGAAUUUUACAUUGCGUCCUCUCUGGGAAGGUCACAGCAGAAGUGAGGGAUAAAACCAACCUCUUAACACUUACCGAUACCUUUCACUGUUUCUGGGUAAGAAAAUAUAAAUAAGUCGUGAAGUUAGGCAGUGGAAGAAAUCACUUCAAAGCACUGCAACACAGGAGAUUUAACUGGUGGCAAUUAUUAAUCUCCAUCUUCUCCCCUCCCCCAGAGUUAUUGCUACUGAGUUUGAUUAACAGGGUUUGUAUGAUGUUUUGUGUGGCAUUACUUAGUGCUGAAAUGAUUAGCUGUGAUUAAUGCUGUUCAUGCCGGGAAGGUGUAUGUUUCUUUCACUUGAGGAUAUGUCUAAGUUUGUAUUUCUUUUGUGUAAAGUGCAUGUAGACAAGAGCUGCAGCGAAGAGGAAAUAGCACAGGAAGGUUCGGGUAUAAGUAAUUUUGGGUAAUAAAGGGAUUAAUUGUGGGUAGGCAGAAAGGAUACAGGUAGGGGAAACUGGUAGCGUUUGGACCCAGGAAGACUGGCAUUCACUGUGAACUGAGGAUAUCCAAUGUUAGCAUUUUUUGUUUAUUUCUUUUUUUCCUUUUUUUUUUCUUUUUCUGUAUUUUUUUUCCCCAAAUUAUCUGCCUAGAACAUGCUUCCAUUUUCUGGAGGAAAUUAUUACACAAAUAGUUACCUUCUUGUGUAAAUUCUAUGUUGUCUUAUGGAUUUCUGUACAUCUCACUGCAGGUUAUUAUGUGUCAGGUCUUCAGUCAUAAUGGCUGGUAAUUUGUUGUAAAAAAAAUAAAAAUAAAAACACUGUUCACUUGUUCCUGUUGACUUAGACGUUGCUCUAAGGACAUUGCUUUUUGGACCAUUCACACUUCAGAAGUCAAGUCAUGAUGUUUGGCAUUUUCUGUUAGCAUAAUUCUCCUGCAUUACUAUUGUACAUAUCCAGAAAACAAUCCCUCUCAAUAAACAUUAUUCUCUUUUUUAUUAAAAAGCAUGUUUUUGUGAGAAAAA